AUCUGGCAACCCUUGCCUGAUUUGUCGGGGUGGAGCUGAGCACGUUUGAACUGAUUUUUUCUGAGCUGUUUUGUUUCUCGUGUAGUUUUUACAGGGACGAACAAGUCAGUUAAUUAAGCGUAAGAACUUUUCAUCGAAUGAAGGCAGAUCCAUUUUUAACCCUUUUCCCUGUUUUGCUUUCUCUGGGUGACAUCGUGUGGUAACGUAAAAGGAUGGGGGCAAAUGAAGAGAAGAAGGAAACAUGUGGGACCAUCUGUCUGAAAUAUCUUCUCUUCACAUUCAAUUUUCUGUUUUGGCUUGCAGGAGUUGCAGUGAUGGCUGUGGGCAUCUGGACAGUAAUUGAGAAGAGCGACUACAUUAGUCUGCUGUCCUCAAAGAUUUAUGCUGUCUCUGCCUAUAUACUUAUCAUGGCAGGGGUGAUUGUCAUGAUUACUGGAGUUUUAGGCUGCUGUGCCACCUUCAAGGAACAAAGACGCCUACUAAGAGUGUAUUUUGUUUUACUGCUGUGUAUAUUCCUGCUGGAGAUCCUGGCUGGAGUUUUGGCCUACAUUUAUUACCAACAGCUAAAUGAUGAACUGAAGGAGAACCUGAGGGAGACGAUGGUUCAGAAAUACAAUCAGUCUGAGCAGGAGCAUGUAACAAAGGCUGUGGACAAAUUACAGCAGGAGUUCAAAUGUUGUGGCAGUAACAGCUCAUCUGAUUGGGUGGACAGUGCUUGGAUCCGCUCUAGUGAGGCUGAUGGUCGAUUGGUCCCUGACAGUUGCUGUAAGAGUCCAGUCAGAAAGUUCUGCGGUCGGAGAGACCACCCCUCGAACAUCUAUAAAGUAGAGGGUGGUUGCAUCACAAAACUGGAGACCUUCAUUCUGAAUCACUUACAGAUCAUUGGUGCAGUUGGGGUGGGCGUUGCCUCUGUUCAGGUCAGACUUAAAAAUGUGCCCUUUAACUGUGUUUUCAUGUAUAGAUGCUAUUUCAAGUUUACUGUAAAUGUAUAAUAUAAAAACAUAGAG